AUGUCGUCUCCAAAGAAACAGUUGAUCAUUAAUGCCUUCGCCAUGCAAGCGCCCGGCCACGUGAAUCCGGGUCUCUGGAAGUACCCUGCCGAUACCAGCACGCAGUAUGCCAACAUCAAGCACUGGAUAGCCCUCGCAAAGAAGCUCGAGAAAGCAAAGUUCCACGCAAUCUUCUUCGCUGAUGUCCUCGGCGGAUACGACGUGUACAAUGGCCCUGCGAAUCUCAAUGCCACUAUUCCCGCAGCGACACAGUUCCCAAUAAACGACCCUCUCUACAGUAUCCCCGCACUGGCAGCCGCUACAGAGAGCAUUGGAUUUGGCGUCACCGCUUCCACGACGUACGAGAGUCCGUACAUGCUCGCGAGGAAAUUCUCGACGGUAGACCACCUAGCCGAGGGCCGGGUCGCGUGGAACAUUGUCACUUCGUACCUGGAUUCCGCGGCCCGGAAUUUCGGUCUCGAUACCCAGAUUGGCCACGACGAGCGCUACCAGAUUGCGGAUGAGUACAUGGAAGUCGCAUACAAGCUUUGGGAAGGCUCGUGGCGGGAUGAUGCCAGGAGCGGUGCGCCGGAGGGGGCCUACGCGGAUCCGAAAGCUGUCCGACAGAUCAAUCACAAGGGGAAGCACUUCAAUAUCCCAGGCCCUCAUAUAUGCGAACCUUCGAAGCAACGGACCCCUUUCUUGUUCCAGGCCGGCACGUCCAGCGCGGGAAGGAAGUUCGCAGCCACCCACGCCGAGGCGAUAUUCCUAAACGGCCACACAGCGGAGCUGGUGCGACCUUCAGUUGACUCGAUCCGUGCUCAAGCUAAGGAAUUUGGUCGGGACCCGAGCAGCAUCAAGAUCGUGGCUGGACUGCUCGUCAUUGUAGGCGAGACGACGGAGAAGGCGCAGGCGAGAUUUAAAGAGUUGGCUAGCUACGGAGACCGAGAAGGGGCCCUGGCUUUGUUUGGGGGCUGGUCUGGGUACGACUUGGGAAAGUACGACGACGAUGAGGAUUUCAGGUUCCUGGAAACCGCGCCUCCAGCCGUGAGGAGCAUGGUCAAUCACUGGUCACAGUCGUCGCCCCAAGGUACCAAGUGGAACAAGAAGACCAUCGCCGAGCACUUGAUCAUCGGCGGGAAUGGAGCGAGGAUCAUUGGAGAUGCCAAAUCUGUCGCUGAUGAGCUGGAGAGGUGGGCGGAAGUCGCUGAUGUUGAUGGCUUCAAUCUCAGCUACGCAGCUGUCCCCGAGACUUUCGACGAUAUUAUUGAGUAUCUGCUGCCAGAGCUGAGGAGGAGAGGCCUAUUCUGGGAUGACUAUGUUGUGCCAGGAGGGACACUACGCGAGAAUUACCUGGGUGUUAAGGGACAUUCCAGGUUAUCUGCUACGCAUCCUGGCGCCAAGUUCUUUUGGAAAACCGGCGAAGAUGUGCCUGCUUAUGCUCAAGAGACGAACGGAGCUAAAAAGAUAGAUGAACCUAGUGAGAGCGUAGAUAGUCUUGCCAAACGGCGACGUGUAGCAUAA